AUGUUAUACCCGCCCAAUGCUAGAACUAGCACUGCCUUGCCCCUGCCGACGCCACUUAUUGAGAAUCCCUCUUCCUUGAAUGCAAGCCCCGGUGGAGCACUUGCUAACUCUAUUCCAUGUACUUUGAGUUCGGCGUUUCCUACUGGCGCUUCAGAGGUUACAGCUUCUUCUGAACAUUCAGCAUGCUCAUUCGACUUAAUUCAUCCCCAUAAGUCGAAUGUCACUUCCGCCGCUGACACUCCUACCUCAGAUGUCGCUUCAGCUACUGUCGCCACUGCCCCUUUGACAGGACUGCUAGGCCCUUGGCUACCUCUCCCCCAUCCUACCUUUUCAACUGGCCUAUAUCCUCUCCACCCGUUGGCUGUGAACAGCUUGCUUGGUCAUUCAUGCUGCGUACUGCCACGCCAAGCCUCUGAUGGCGCCAACUCCGCAACUUUGGCUGCUGCUCCCUCUGUCAGCCCUUUCCCGGCAACCGUACCUCUCUGUACUUUCCGCCACCUUGUUGCCGGUCCCUCAGUUCCUCCUCUUCUCAUACCUCAAGUAACUAGUUUGUCGGGUCCUAGAUCACACGCUUUGCAGCUUCCUUAUCAUAUGCGUGCUGGAUUCCUUCGUCGGCAGAUCGAUUUUUACUUUAGCGAGACCAAUCUAGUCCAUGAUCUUUUCCUUCGACGUCAGAUGGAUCCUGAAGGCUGGGUCAGUUUAGCAACUAUUGCCUCGUUCAAACGGAUCGCAUCUGAUCGAGCGAAGGUUUGCUAG